UCCGACUUAAACAACAUGGGGAUUUUAUCUCAAAAAAGGAAAAGGAGACAGGAAUUUACAGGCUUAAAGGCACUGGCUUCAGGUGUAUUAGCUCUGGCAAAAGCUCAUGCCGAACUGGACAAAACAGAGAAGAGUUUAGAACAUGAAAUAGAAAGGGAAAAUCGAAAACCGCCAUCUACAUGUAUUGGCAGGUCACGAUUUUUGGGAUAUAAUUUAAUGCAUACAAAACAAGUGUUGAUGUGUAUAGUCGUAUUAAAUGUAAUUGAUUGUGUCCUUGUGCUUGGGGAACUCAUAUUGGAUAUAUUCUACCUCAAGAGAGUUCUUGACCAUGAAGAAAUGGCUAAUUCAUAUUUUGUCAAAACAAUGAAAUCAACAUAUCCAGAGGAUUUACACGACCUUUAUGAAACAGAUAUCAACGUUUUACAUUCAAUGAUUCUGUCGUCUCGAGUGGAUUUUACAUCGGAAAUUUCAGCACCCUACAGUUCUUUAGCAUUCACUUCUUCUGUGGGUUCACAGCAUAAUGAAACUAAUUAUCAACAACAACCAAAACUGGACAAACGUUCCCUUAGGGGAGCUGACGUGUAUUCUGAAUAUUUCAUUAACAACUCAUCCGAAGUAUGGUCAUCAAAUGUCAGCGCUAAUCUGUGGAACUUUAGCAAUAAGAGUCAUGCAGAAAUUCAACACGAUGAUCAUUCACAAAGUAUAGAAGUGAUUCUAGCUCACAAAUUACAUUAUUGCAGCAUUUCCAUUCUUGCCAUAUUGGUUGUGGAGAAUGUUUUAAAAUUGAUAUGUGGUGGAAAAGAAUAUUUCGAAAAGAAGUUAGAGGUCUUCGAUGGUAUCAUCGUUGUGGCCUCCUUUGUGGUUGACCUAGUUUUUAUAAGAGGACUAAGUGCCUACAAAACUCAGAAAUUUGUGGUUAUUUUGGCAUUUCUUGUGCCGUGGAGAGUCAUAAGAGUAGUCAAUAGUUUGGUGGUAGCAGUUAUUGAUCACGAACACUUCAGGAUGAAGCUUUUGUAUAAACAGAAAAAACAAGUAGCCAACGAUCUGAAGACUUCCAAAGCAGACAACAAGGCACUCCAGACCUGCAUUGAAUCAUUACGCAGUAGAGCUGUAUUGGCAGGUAUCCCAGAAGCAGAGCUAGAUGAUAUAAUAGGUUCCAGCCUCACUCCAGUCAAGAAGAAAUCUGUGAAGAAAACGUCAACGUCUUGUUUUCCUGCUGGCUUUAAUUUAGGUUCCCUGGGUUUCAGUCGGCAAAGCAGCACAGCAAAUCCCAACACGAAUACAGAGGUCAUUUACGUUGAUGUUGAUAAUAACACUUGUUUCCAUGACAAUGAUGAGAAAAAAUAAUAAUAAUUGCAUUGGAUCAUGCGAUUUUUAGGCAGCAGAAUUAACAUUGUGAACUGUGCUUAAAGGACCUCUUUCUUACUGUGUUCAUUACUUUAAAUGAUAUAUAUAUAUAUAUACUAUCAGGGACUUUAGCAGGUUGGGGAAACAUUCUAGUCAUGAUAUUGAAUCAAAAAUCAAGAUAUUUGCAUAUUUGGAUAAAAUUGGAAUCAACUUUUAUUUCUCUGAAAAAAUUAUAUCAUUCAUGAAAUAAACUUUAAAUGAAAUGCAAAGAUAGCGAUCAGUGAUCAUGCUCAAAAUUCCUUUUAGCAAAACAAUUUGUGAGCAGAGCCGACACGGACCUCUAAAAACAGAGAUUAGGUGCUAUGGAUAUAGGCCAAUUAUACUAGUAAUUCAACAUUUUAGUUUAAUGUUACAGUUUUCAUAAGAAUAUUUGUCAUGUCACUAACUGAAGAAUUUCUGCUCAAAGCAAGAAAAAAAAGAAAAAAUUAUCCCAAACGUCCUAUAAUAUUUUGAAAAAUGUGGAAGAAAUUUGAGUUGCUUAUAUAAAAUUGUACUUUUCUUGCUAUUGUAAACAUAGUUUGGCAUAUUGAUUUCCUCCCAUCUAAAUAUUAUAUAACUCCUAUUUCAAUACUCUCUGUGAUUUUUCCGUCUAAUUUUUGAUAUCUUAUUACAUUUAAAAAAUGGGACAUUCACUGAAAAUUUUUCCACAAUAAAUCCCGCUGAGAUUAAAAAGAUCCCGUUUGAUGUAUUCAUACCCAGAUUGAGAUGUUUUCUGACAAGUUAACAUUUUCUCUAUUCAUUCUUGUUAGGGUGUUGGUUUAUAUGACAAUUUUACGGAGGAAGUGAGUAUGCCGUAAAACGUUUUAAUAUAUAGGUUUUCACAGAAUCAUUCUUUACAUAUCACUUUACUCAUUUCUAUAACGUAAAUGUUUUUUCCUUUUCUUAAUUUUUUUUUACAUUAUAUUAAUGUAAUUUGGAGAUGAUUGUCAUUUUCAUGAAUAAAAUUUCAAAGAUUAAAUUAAA